GUGACUCAUUUAUAGCCAUUGGCCGAGUGCAACUGCCACUUAUCAUUGGUGACGGGCAGACGACAAAAGUGUGGGCAGGAGGUCAUCUUGUCAGACGACAGCCAGAGAUUCUUGCACUUUUGCUGCAUCAGUAAGCAAGAAAAUGCAUUUGUACCUGUAUUGCUUGGUCCCACUUGCCUACAUGUUGAUGCAAGGGUCAGAGGCAGGCAGCCCUGUCGAUUCCAACCUAUAUGUGGACAGCCUGCUCACGACUCUGGUGCCUCUGCAUGCCCGCAGCCUGGGGCUGGAGAAUGUCAGUGUGCCCAACUGUGCAUUCAAGGUCCCUAGCACAGCCGUUACCAAUCGCGACGUCUGUGUGGAGCUGCACGGUGGACGGUUGCUGGGGCUGGUCACUCCCGGACUCGCUCGCAGGGGUCAGUGCUCGGCUCCUGGCUGGUUGGGCAUGAACAUCACGGUAGGCUGCUAUGUGUCACUGGACAAUGCGCACCUCUCGUACGCUGGCUCAGCCAAGGGAGACAGUUUGUUGAACACCAACCGGAGCAUCGUGCUGCAGGCUGCACCCUUCAGUGCCAAUGCACUCCUCGAAGUCACCUCUACACCAGGCGGUGUGCCCCGAGUGCGUACUUGGGCUCUGCAGCCAUUCACGUUUGUGGUGGGCACAUCACCCAAGCUGAGCCUCAAUGCUGCUCGCCAGGCCACAUUUGACAAGGAGGCCAGCAAGUGUGCCCACGCUUCCCUGUCCAAUGUACUCCUCGUGGCAUACAGGGAAGCCCUGGAAAGGGCUGUGAGUGCCACAAGGCUGCCUCUGCCCUGAACAAACAGAAUUUAGGCAAAAUAACUUGUACAUAGUUGUAGAAAAAUAAACGCUGGUGCAAAAGA